AUGCUCGUUGCUCAGCUGCUUUCGCGCUUGGGCUUCGUCACGCAUUAUCCUGGUCUGCCGAACCACCCCGACAAGGACGUUCAUGAGCGGAUUGCGGAUGGAUAUGGUGCCGUACUCUCGUUCGAAACGGGAGACAAGGGACUCAGCGAGCGCAUUGUUGGUGCGACCCGUCUGUGGGGGAUCAGUGUCAGUUUUGGCUGCGUGAACAGUUUGAUCAGCAUGCCAUGCGUUAUGUCACAUGCUUCCAUUGAUCCUGCCACCCGCGCGGCGCGUGGUCUGCCUGAAGAUCUCAUCCGCCUGUGCGUUGGCAUAGAGGACCCGGCGGACCUUAUCGACGACCUUCAACACGCUCUGCUUGAAGCUGGCGCAGUCAUGUUUGCUGCGAAUGACUAUGUUCGGAUCCCCACUUCCAUCAAUCGCGCCGUAGAAAAGCUUGCAAUCAGCGAGCCCAUCCGAGGGGGCGCACGUCCACGCGAAAAUCGCGAAUGGUUCGUCAGUGCACCAGGAAAAGUCAUUCUGUUCGGCGAGCACGCAGUAGUCCAUGGAGUAACUGCGAUUGCGGCAUCUGUCGAUCUCCGUUGUUAUGGUUUAACGUCUCCUCGGCAUGACAAGAAGCUGUCCAUACACCUUUCAGAUAUCGGGAAUCAUACCCACGAGUGGGAUCUCGACGAUCUGCCGUGGGAUGUGGUCACACCUAUUCAUCCAGGAGAGGCACACUCUGACCAACUUGACCAGAAGCUGAUGGACGCCAUUAGCACACGGGCACUGCCUCCCGCGAGCGAGUUGCCCUCCAAGGCGCAUGGAGCUUUAGUUGCCUUCUUGUAUCUCUACAUGUCUCUCGCGCACGGCGGCGAACGACCCUCGUUCCAUAUCAUAAUCCGUUCGACCCUCCCUGUCGGCGCGGGCCUCGGAUCUUCCGCGUCCUAUUCCGCAUGUGUUGCGACUGCCCUUCUGCUCCUGCAUCAGCGUGUCAACGUUCCUCCGCUCCCUGCGCCCACCCGCCAGGCUGCCAAAGACGAUCCAGGCCACGUCCACAUCUCGCACCAGGGCCGGAGAGCGCUCCCCCCAGAUGUUGCGGAUGAAGUCAAUCGCUGGGCAUUCGUUGCGGAGAAGGUUCUCCAUGGAAAUCCAAGCGGGGUCGACAACUCGGUCGCUGUGUUUGGUGGCGCACUGGCGUACACGCGACCUGGAUUUGGGAAGAAGAGCGGUAUGGAACCUAUCCAAGGGUUCAAGUCCUUGCGCUUCCUGCUGGUUGAUUCCAAGGUUCCUCGAGACACGAAGAAGCUUGUCGCAGGCGUCGCCAUGAAGAAAGCGGAGGAUCCUGAAGUUGUUGGUAAAAUUCUAGAUGCCAUCCAAAGCAUAGGCGACGAGGCGCGUCGGGCCCUUGCCGAUCCCGAACUCUCGCGGACGUCCUUGCUGUCGGCGAUUUCAGCUCUGAUUGACGAGAACCACGCUCACUUAGUCUCCCUGGGUGUAUCACACCCCUCCUUGGAAACUAUUCGAGCAACGACAGCCUCUCAGCCGUUUGGGUUGAGUACCAAGCUCACCGGCGCAGGUGGCGGCGGGUGUGCUGUUACGCUGGUUCCGGACGAAUUCGCCGAGUCAUCCUUACAGGCCCUCAUCUCCGCCCUGGAGUCCCACAAAUUCGGCACAUACAGCACGUCGGUUGGUGGUUCCGGGCUGGGGAUUUUGUCGCCAUACAACCAGGAUGUUCAGAACGCACCCGUCACUCCGCCAGAGACCCCGGACCAAGAGAGUGGGGCGCGGGGCGGAUCCUUGUGCGGUGCUUUCGAGAGUGUCAGUGUCAGCUCGCUACCGAAAUGGGCUGAAGACCUUGGCCGCUGGUUGUACGUGUAG